AGACAAGCGCAUGGUUGCAGAAGACUUUGCUUCUCAGUCCAGUGGGCUUUCGCCUUCCGGGGUAUUUUGAAGUUUGGAAAUAAAAAACCACAUCGUCCUGCAAAAGAUUUCGCGACAGUACUCUGGUGCUUCUCUUUGACAUAAUUUUAAAGGAACUAGGGUGAAAAUUGGAAAUGUAAAAUCACACCCAGAAGAGGUUGUUCUGCAUGUUAACCUACACAUGUGCUGAUGUGUACAACACAUUUUUUGUUAAGUAAGGAAAAUCUUUAAACCUUGUCCAAGUCAACAAACAAUGUCAGGACAGGAGGUUCAAGUUGAACAGAGCCAACAAAAAUUUGGUUUGAAAAGGAAGCUCACAGGUCCCCCAAGGCUGCUUUUGGGCAAAUUCAGGGCUAAGACUCAGGGAGACAACCAGACAGAGGCUCAGACCAAGGGACCCAAUGGCAUGAAUGACAGCAAGGGGCCCGGAAUGGGCUCUCCCAAAAACCGGCAAGGCAACAUGGGAGAAGAUGGCUCCCUGGGCAUCUGUGUGGAGAAUUUCCAGAAGCUCACUGGCAAGCAGCCAGAGAUGCAGGGUGUGCAGGUCUCAGCCAUGGCUUCUGAGGUGUGCUCCACCAUAAGGAAUAGCGAAGCAGAGGGUGAGGGUUGUGAUGUUGGGAAUACGGUGAAAGGGCGGGCAAAGAAAAAGUCCCGGAGAUGGCUCUGGGCCCCCUCUCUGGUCUGCAUUAGGAGACGGAGGAGGAGGGCUUGUGGGGAACAAACUUCAGACAGAACCUUCCAUGAUGCAAAGACCGAUCUUGCUGGCAAACUCUUCGUGGCUGACCCCACUGGCCCAAGCGAAGAUCCUAAAGCCACCACUUCCCAAUGUCAACCUGCUGUGACAGAAGGAAAAGGUGGAUUCCCAGACAGAGCUGGAUCCACCUUGAAAAGACUGCUCACAUCCAACAAAUCCAAGGAGCCAAAGGGAGCGCAUUGGGACCCUGCAGUGCAAAGUAGAUCAAGUGACCAGCUUCACCCGAAAGUGUCCUUCAGGAAAAAAAUGGGACUUAUCUUUAAACGUGGAAGCAAGAAUGCCCCUACCUCGGCAGAACAUAGAGGCACAACAGCUCCUCCGGAUGAAGAAACUGGUGGACUGCCUCUCUCUGGCAAAGCCAGCAGCCCAGAGGGUGACUGUUCGGAAGCUACUUCAAAGUCAGGCGGUCACCUGACGGUAAGCGUGGAGGUCAGCAAUUUCGGACACGCAGGGAUGGAAAAGAGAAAACCUGCGGAGGGCAGCAAUCGGGAUGAUGGCUGCGGGAGCCCUGUGGGGUUGAGGAAGAUGGCAGAAGAGCAUAAACCUAGGCGUUGCUAUAAGGACGAGCAGGACAGACCUGACCGGAGACUGAAAUCCGACCUUCCCUCAAAGGCUGCUGGUAGCCUUCCGCCGGUGAUGGAAGAGACCCCUGCCGCAGAGAAAGACUCCGAUUGGUCCCCUGGUGUCGGGGCAGAUUCCCUCAAGGAUCUGUUAAAGGAGUCCGAUGUCAGUUCCCUACUGGAUGUUGCAUGUACCGAGAAUGACAGAAUUCCAGAGAACGUACGCACGGAGGACGCAAUGGGGUCGCGGCUUUCCUUGAGCGGAAUUGCUGUGGAGAACAGUGUGCAAGAUCCCCUGGUCUUGAAUGGGAUUGACUGCAUGGGGUACCUCAGCAGGGAUGUUGUACCCGUGGACAUUGAGAUUGUGGUAACCAAUGGACCGAUGGGAUCUCCUUUGGAGGACCUUCACCGUGGGGAUAGAUCCCUUGUAACCGACCACCCUUGCGAGGCUCUGCUGGUGCAGACCGCCUCCUCCUUGGUCCAGGCAGCAGUGAAGGCGGCCCUGGACCAAAUUGCAGAAGAACUGGAGGCCGCAGCUGCUGCCCACCAGGAGGCGCAAGCAUGCAAAUGUCAACUCUAACCCCCUCCUUGACAUUUUCCUACACAUUAACCCUUCAAGGAGUAGGUUUAUUUUUUAGUUAGUGUUCUAGAACUCCACUGCUUUCAGUAACCAGUAGUGAUUAUGACAUCAGCAUUAGAAUGUUCAGUUAAGAACAUUCUAAUCACAUACAGUGCAGUCCAUAAGUAUUUGGACAGUGACAAAUCUUUUUGUUGUUUUUCGCUGCGUACUCCAGCAAACAAAUAUUUUACUGUCCAAAUACUUAUGGACUGCACAUCACUUGUGAUCUCACCUGUCACAGGGUUAAUGGAUCAUGUCCUACAAUACUUAUUGGGGACAGGAGGCCAGCAGGCAUGUGAUGCGGCUAAACACCAUACACACAGAACACACAUAAAGAACCAAGUUUUUUUUAUCUAACCUUGCAUUCUCGACAAGUCCAAUUUUCCAUCAGUGCCCUACCAGAGCAGUGUGACAAUUUAAAUCAUCCAGGAAUGUCAGACUGAGUGCCACACCCAUCGAUACAAUUAGGGAAGUAGCCAUUACGAUGUUCUUGCUUACAUCACGGGAGGUGAAUCUGAACAUUAGAAAUAUGUUGUUGUGCUGGUAAUAGCUUUAAUGAAACUGGACAGACUAAAUAAAACUUAGAUUAAGCAUUUAUUAGAUUAAUCAAUCAUUUAAAAAAAUAUUAUUUAAUUUAAUAAUAUUCAUGGUGUCCAGCUGCUUGUUGUGUUGAAGUCUGGUUCAUUAUAUGUCUGGCAGAACUAGGGAAAAAAAAGAAGCUUAUUCUAUUAAUGCUAUCCAGUGGCGAUUGCUUUUUACACUGUGUUUCAUACCAGAUUGUAUCUGAAAUCUAUUGGAUCAGAAUCUGAAGUGCAUUAACAUUGUUGUGCUUGAAAAUAUCUUGUUUAAUGUAUUACAACUGUCAAUAGUGUGUAUUGUAGCCAGUAUUGUAUUGAAACCAUUUGUAUACUGUAUGGAAGGAUACUUUGCAUUUCCUGUUGUUUUCUUCUUCUGUGAUUUCAUCACGAUCACACAUCAUUACUGCUGUGAACAGUGGGUUUGUGAACAGUGUGGGUUUAAUGCCAAAUGGCUGACCUGCUGGGUAUGCUUAUGUUCCUCCAUAUCAAAUGCAGUGCAAGACAUCAAGUUAUCAAGUUUGCCCUUGAGAAUUCUUAUCAAAAUUGAUUCUCUGUGUUAUUCCAAUCUAUAGCUCUGGUUUACCUUUUUAUAUUUAUGCACAUGUGUCCUAUGCAUUUGUCAUUUCUGACUUUAUUAAAAUAGAUUUUGUGUAUUGCUGUUCAUGAACAUGCAGACAGAUAGAUUGAACAACGUUUCAUCAAGACAUUUGAGACACAACUUAAAAUGGAGAAACACUGAGACACAUAAAGAUCCUCUGAAAGACC